AUGGAUGCUGAACGAAAAUAUGUAAAGGCUAAAUCCCAUGAAAGAUCAAAUAAUAUUGAUAGUAAAUAUCAAGAUUAUGUGAAAACCGCUGCUAAGUACCACUUUCAAUUGAAAGCUAUUAUUCACGAUAUUUUAAAAUGCAAUGAUUCCAUGGAAAAGUUAAAUGAACUGAACGAAAAAGGAAGAGUAGUAAUAUCAAAUUUAAGGGACUUAUUAGAAAAACUAGACGUGUAUGUGAAGGAAUUGGUGGAUUCAAGGUUUAUUGCAGAAUUGGUAUCACAGCGUCAUUUACAAGCUUGUCUCAUCAAGGAAUUCAAAGAAGCAAAUAUAAAUAGCAUGUUGGAAAUAGAAAGGGUACAAAGAGAAGAGUUAUUGAAAAGUCCUGAAGGUGAACAGUCAGUCUUACGGUUGAGAAAUAAAAAAGUGGACAGAGAUGGGUUGCUCAAAUCAUCUACAGGUGUAACGGAGCAAUUGUUAACAAUAAGCAGACAACUAGCUGCAACCACACAAAGAAGCCAAGAUACACUUGAUAAUCUGGUAUCUUCAAGUACAGCCGUGCAUGGCACACAGUCAGAGCUACAAAACACGAGCAGUACAAUUCAACAAUCCAGUAAAUUAUUGAAAAAGUAUGGCCGCCGUGAAUUUACCGAUAAAGUUAUCAUGUUUUUCGCAUUUUUAUUCUUUCUAGCCGUUUGCCUUUAUAUUGUUCAAAGGCGAUUGUUUUAA